UACACAUAAAGUCUAUGGUAAGUGGGUCCGGUGACCUUAGUGUUUACAAUUCAUCGUGGCAUUACUGAUGUUUCUCAUUUAUCAUACCGCCGUUUAUAAAUGGAGAGGCGUCUCAACACAAAUCCGAUUCAACACUUCCACACGAAUGAUCGUUUUCAACUAUGGCGCAAUUGGAGCGGGUUUUGGCUCAUUGGAUUGUGCAACAACUUUGCAUAUGUGGUUAUGCUCAGUGCUGCUCAAGACAUCCUUAAAAAACAACAGUCCGAAAACACCACCAUAUUUAAACCCUCCUUAAUUACACUGGAUACAGAAUUUGGCAACAGCAGUUGCUAUGACUGCAGUUCUGUCUCAACCGCGGCUGUACUAUUAGCUGACAUACUCCCAACCCUCAUCAUUAAGCUGUCUGCUCCACUUGUUAUCCACAAAGUGCCUCAUGGAUUUCGAAUCUUAUUCUGUGUCAUCAUGGCUGCGACAAGUUUCCUUGUUGUUUCCUUCUCUUCAACUGUGUGGAUGAGCAUUAUCGGUGUUAUUUUUGCCAGUACCAGCUCAGGAUUUGGAGAGUUAACCUUCCUUUCCCUCACAGUCUUCUAUAGCAGGGAUGUACUUGGGGCCUGGGGUUCAGGGACUGGUGGGGCUGGUGUUGUGGGAGCCCUCCUUUAUUCAAGCCUGACUCAAGUUGGCCUUUCACCCCAGGUUACACUUUUAAUCAUGCUGAUCAUUCCAGUCACGAUGCUGAUUAGCUAUUUUUUCCUGCUGGUUCCACCACCUUCAUUUCCUCAGUGGAAACAUGGAGAAAGCGAUAACGGCAUUGAGACUUCUGAGGAGAGAGAGCGGCUAAUGGUGGGAUCCCAAGAAGAGCAGGAAACGCGUAGCCAAGAGGACGGGAGGUCUGGACUGCUCACUCUCACAGAGAAAUUGCAUGUCUUCAAAAGCCUGUUACCAUUUGUCUGUGUCUUGGGACUAGUCUAUUAUGCUGAAUACUUCAUUAACCAGGGCUUGAUGGAGCUCCUGUAUUUCCGAAGGUUUUUCCUCACCCAUGCAGAGCAGUAUCGCUGGUAUCAGACAUUUUAUCAGGUUGGCGUGUUUGUCUCUCGAUCCUCGCUUUGUUGUGUGAAGAUCAGGAAACUCUGGGGCCUUGCUUUACUACAGGUGUUGAAUGCAGUGCUGCUCUUGCUGGAAGUGUGUUACAAAUUCCUGCCUAGUGCCUGGUUGGUGUUUGCAAUCGUCAUCUAUGAGGGUCUGCUGGGUGGAACUGCAUAUGUUAACACCUUCUACUUCAUUAGCAAAGAGACCGAAGACCGACAGAGGGAGUUCGCUAUGGCUGCUGCCAGCGUUGGAGACAGCGUGGGUAUCGCUUUGGCUGGACUCACUGCUUUCCCUGUCCACAGAUACUUCUGUUCCCUCUGAUUCAGCCUACACAACUCAUUCGCAAACCCACUAGUAUGCUACAAGUUGUAUUGCAUGGCUCCAAAAGGUGGAUAAUUGUAUCAAAAUAGUAAGUGCCCCAUCUCAGUAGAAAGCAAAGGGGACAGGUAAAACUAAAGUGGCAACCUGAGCAAAUGCAACCUCAAACAAGAUACAGUAACGAGUGUCACGGAUGGCUCAUUUUGGCUCAUUUUCAUAUAAUUUCAUCAAUAAUGGUAAAGACAUUAACUUUUGAAACAUCAAUUAAUUGUACUGACAGGUGUAUUUCAAUUGUUGCCAGUUAUUAUUGAUCAAAAGGUCAUCAUUGUUUUGGAGAAAAAAAUAUUCUAAAGUAAUAUUUUGAAAACUUUGAAUGCCAAAAUAUCUGUACCGUUUUGUGUCCGAAAUGAAGUUUCAUGAUUUGUGUUCUGAAGAUGCGAAUUAAAAAAAAAAAUAUUUUUCUCCUAUUGCUUAAUAUUCCUUUUACAUGAAAACUAACACAAAUGCAUCUUGGUGUUUUCAGAGUUCCUUUCCCCCCCCCCCCAAGGUUCUUUUACAAACCCUCCUUCGUAGUCACUCAAGCUACCACUGGUGAGCCUUAUUGUGUUAUAUAUAGGUUAUAUUCGAAUACACCAGAAGGAUCUGCGGGCUGAAGUGCCAGGAUGAGGCAGACAGCAAAAUAUGUGGUGUUAUUUCUGAGCUAUGAAUGAAUACAGUAUAGAUGAAUAGGUAAAAGUGGGGGGACUAUUGCAUGUCUUUACUAUUGUAUUAAUGGGUUUCAUGAUUAGUCAAGAUCAUUUAUGCACUAUCUCUGGAGAGUUUGAAGGGCAACACGUAAAUUGUGCCACUUACAUGAUUUUUAUGAAGCUGUUUAGAUCUUUACUGUUAUAAAAAUAAGUGUAUUUCAAUGGGCCAACACCAUUUGCUCUAUCGAGGAUUGCCUUUAACAGCGAAUGCCUAAAAUUUUAUCUCAUCAAUAACUUUUGAAACUAGGACUUUAAGCAUGGCUCCUUCAUCAUGGGAGACAUUUACCAAUAUAAAACCAAGGCGGCAUCAACGAAAAAUCCUAAAUGUGCAUUUACUGACUCAUAUUCGACUUUUUCCUUUCCUUGAGGCAUGUUUUUUUGGGAGAAAAAAGUCUUUGGUUGGGAUUUCAAAAAUGUUCUGCUGUGAAUACCUUGCAUUUUUGUUUUUUUAAAGUGCUCUAUAAAUAAAGUUUAGUAGUACUGCCUGCA